UUUUGCUGCCUUCAUCAUCCAAAGAGCCCACACUGACAGCCGUCUCGGCAGAGACGCCUCUACCUGCAGCCGGUGAGCACCGAGAAUUACCGAAACUUCAUCCGGGCGUCAUUUGAGGGCGAGCAGAGUGGGGCCAGCGGGGCUCCGCGCCUGAAGACGUGAACUGUUACAUGUGUAAGCGCUCCUCUUCCUCUCUGACUCUGAUAUGACAGUUUAUAUGACAUAUAUAUGACAGUAAAAUGAGUCAGAGCCGAAGAUCCUCACGAGUGGAGCUUUUUCACGCGCUGUUUCGCAGUCAGAUAAGACUUGAGUGUUUUCGGGAUUCGUCCUCGGUCCGCCCUGGAAGCAUGUAACGUGCUGCGACAGAUGGGGCAAAACGACAAUGCAGAGGUUAACCACACCUUUGAAAGCGGACAUCUCUCCAGUAGCCUCUUGACCAACUUUGUUGCGCAUUAAGAUGCGCACGGCCGACGAGCAGUUGAAUUUUUGCGCUCUUCUGGACAGUCUGUAAGCGCGCCUGCACCGACUCCAGCCGCAGAAAGCAAGCAGGGACUUCCUAUGUAUUUAAGAAAUAACUCGGUGCUGGCUGAGAUCGUCACUCGAAACUUUGGUGGGGAGUCUCUUUGAGGAUUUCAACAUGACGGCUCGUCUCUCGCGGAUCCAGCUGGCUCUGUUCUUUAUCUCGCUUUGUCCGGUCAAUAUCAUCGGACUGUGGUGGGCGGUGGGCAGUCCACUGGUCAUGGACCCCAACAGCAUUUGCAGGAAGGCAAAGCGCCUGGCAGGGAAACAGGCUGAGCUGUGCCAGACUCAGCCCGAGAUCAUCAACGAGGUGGCCAAAGGAGCCAGGCUGGGCGUCCGGGAGUGCCAGUACCAGUUCAGGUACCGCAGGUGGAACUGCACCAGCCACCACAAAUACUUUGGGAAAAUACUUCAACAAGAUAUCCGGGAGACAGCUUUUGUUUAUGCCAUCACAGCCGCUGGUGUGACCCACUCUGUGACGCAGGCCUGCAGUAUGGGAGACCUCCUGCAGUGCGGCUGUGAGGCCACCAGGAACAGACCGCCUCCAAAGCCGUCCUCCUCUGGGGACGGGGUCAAGUGGGAGUGGGGGGGCUGCGGAGAUGAUGUGGAGUUUGGUUAUGAAAAGUCAAAGCAGUUUAUGGAUGCCAAGAGGAGGAAAGGCAAGAGUGACAUCAGGACGCUCGUCGACCUGCACAAUAACGAAGCUGGCAGACUGGCAGUAAAGCUCUACAUGAGGACUGAGUGCAAAUGCCACGGACUGUCAGGCUCGUGCACGCUGCGCACGUGCUGGAAAAAGAUGCCGCAUUUCCGUGAAGUGGGCGACCGCCUGCUGGAGCGAUUCAACGGCGCCUCGAAGGUGAUGGGCGGCAAUGACGGGAAGACCCUGAUCCCUGUGGGCCAGAAUAUCAAACCUCCGGACAAGCAGGAUCUGAUCUACUCGGACGAGUCUCCGGAUUUCUGCCUCGCAAAUCGAAAAACAGGUUCGCUGGGAACAAAGGGGCGCAUGUGCAACAGCACGGCCAUGGACAUCAGCGGCUGUGAUUUGUUGUGCUGCGAGCGAGGCUUCCGGGAGGAGACGGUGGUGUUUGAGGAGAACUGCUUAUGCCGUUUCCACUGGUGUUGUGUCGUCCAAUGCAAAAAGUGCAUGGUUCGAAAAGAGCUUAGUCUCUGUCACUGAUGAACUAAAGUUUAAAGUAGUCAAAUUACUUUGUUAAUUACAACUACUUUUGUUACUUUUUGAAGUUCUUGCUUUAGUUUGGAUAGCGUGAAAGAUGCAGAGGAUCUCAAGUUUCAUGGUUAUCAAGCUCAGUCAGAAGUUGAAACAAUGGAAACAAUGGAAACAAUGCCAUAUCCUCCUUCCACCUGCAGUUCAACAACAUUGCUUAAUAGGAGACGUUGCUUUUAUUCCACGAUAUUCUGCAGGGUAGUAAGAAGAUUAAGGACCUCACUAUGGCCCAUAUUCCAUCCCAGUGCUCAUAGACUUACUGUUAUCUAACGGUGUAAUGCUCAUAGACUUGACAUAAAAGAUGGACGUAGCCUCCGGAUCUAAAGAGUGAAGUAAAUGCAAAAGUGCCUUAAACCUGCUUUAAUUCCAAAACCCAGCCGGGAGCAACUCCCCAAUAUGUAAUGACUUUAUAGCCUUGGUUGCUGUUUUCAAGCCUUCUUCAAUCAGUUUGUAAACGAUGGGCUCAUUUCAGGUAAAACUGACAGUAAAGCAGGACGUGACAAGUCACCCCCAUAUGAACAUACCAAUGGGGAAUGUUUUGGUGGCUACACCCAUCUUUCAUAUAUAUUCCGUCUUAACAAGUGUAAUCAUAUUCUUGAGUUUGCAUUUACCAAAAACUGUGUCUCAGUUAUUGUGACUGCAGCGAAUCAACAUAGUGAGAAAACAAAACGAUGCUGGUCUUGACCUGUUGUUCUGCUACUACAUGAAAAGUGUAAAAAAGGGAAACUGUAAACCGUUGUUAUAGUUGCAAAGAUGCUGUUAACACCAUGCUUUGCAGGUGCGGACUCGGCUUGCCAGCAGAGACUCUUAUUUAUAUAAAGAUAUGAUGACUACUUGCUUCCGUCUGUCUCUCAGAAGCACUUUGGAUGCAGCAGCUGCCACGGACGUCCUCAUCAGCCCGGCAAUAAAACCUGCAGUCGGCUGUUUCUCCAAAAUAGAAACCUUUUUUUUUCAUGAUAUUUUUUUGUUAUCAAAAAAUGUAUAUGAUGCAUUUUGUUUAUAUAUUAUGAUAUA